ACUCAAGGAUUUCGUUGGCAAGGUCUUUUGUGCAACACAAGAUUGUUUUUUGUUGAGAUUUGCAGAUCUGCAUCAUGGAACGAGAUACAAUAUCUCUGACUUCGAAAGAGCACUACAGAGCGAGUCAUGGAGACAGGGGAGCUUGAUCGAGAGCAUGAGCUCCAAAGCACAUCAGAAAGCCUGGAAGUCCAAUUGGACAACAUCACACUGGAGGAUGAAGAUGAGACACCUUUGGACGUUGAUGACAACGAUGUGGAUGUCUUCAGAAUGGAGGCGGUGCGUCGAUUCGGGCUGAUUGGCCGCCUGGUAGCUGAAAAAACACCAAACAUAAAGUCAUUAAAGAUCGCUCUGGCAAAAGCAUGGAAUCUGAAGAAAAACUUCCAGAUAACAGAAUUGGGAGACAUGCUUUUUGCUUUUCAAUUUCUGGAUGAAGAUGAUAGAGAUAGGGUUUGCUUUGGAGGACCCUGGCACUAUGAAAACAACGCCAUGGUUUUCAUGGCAAGUCUACUGAUAAAGAAGCCUACUCCUGAAGCUUUACAUAUGCUGGAUAUAUGGAUUCAGAUCAAAGAUUUUCCAGCAGAGCUUAGAACGCAAACAAUGGCUGAGAAAAUAGCCAAUAGGUUUGGCUCACUCAUCUGGUUUGACGAUAGCCCCAGGUCAAUGUGGGACACAUACAUGAGAUUGAGGGUGAGCCUCUCUAUAAACAACCCCCUUAGAAGGAAAAUAAAAAUGAAUAUCAAGGGGCAGUUAACUGAAUAUAUGGUGAAGUAUGAAAAGCUACCUAUAUUCUGUUAUUCCUGUGGUCGCAUUGGGCACCCAAAGCUGAGAUGCCCGAAACCAUCAGGUUUAAACCCUGAUCCCUUUGGGAUGGACCUGAGAGCUGGAGCACCGGGGCCUAGAAGUUGGCUAUCGCAUUCCCUAAAAAAGGAAGAUGAAACACUUUGGGCAUCACUGAGAAAGAAGUUUGAUUGGGAAAGUACAGGAUCGAAUUCAGAUCAUGAAAUUCCACCCCCUCAGGAAGUAGCAGAUAAAAGAGAACAGAUAAUAGAAGAGAUACAAGGAGCAAGGGAGACUCACCAAAAGAACAUGGGAGUAGAACAUGUGUGAGGCCAAGAAGUUAUCACAGAAAGGCAAACAGUAGUAAAGAAGGAUGGACCCCAAGCAAUGCACAGUCGUGAGUUAGGACAUCUGGGGAUUGGAGGGGCUUUAUAGCAGUUUGUGAUGGGACCAGAAUUAAUGAAAAAUCAACAACGAAGCAUAAACAAAGUCUGGCGCAGGCAGGAGCAUACUAAAGAAAGAGCACAUAACCCCACACAGAUAACUCCCCAAAAAAGAAAUGCUCAGAAUGCUGGGGAGGAAGGAAAUAUUCAACUAGAUCCGGAAGUACAAGUGAAGAAAGCCAAGAAAUUGACUUUUAAGCUACCUGAAGAAGAGACUGAACAAGUGAACAUACCAAAAAUAAAGGAUGGCGAUGUGGCGGACUCUGCUAAGGAGCAGAGCCGCCCAGCUCAAUGAGUUUGUUGAGCUACAACUGCCGAGGUCUCGGGAAUACCCCGGCAGUUGAGAAGCUUAAGGCGUUAUUACGCCAUACAAAUCCCGAUGUUGUUUUCUGAUGGAAACAAAACAAUAUGAAUAUGAGUGGAAAAAGAAAAUAAAAGAGCUUGGCUUCUUUGAUGGGAAAGGAGUGGCAGCAUGAGAGAAUAGAGCGGGAGGACUGCUGAUGAUGUGGAAGGAAGACAUUGAGGUGGAGGUCAAAGGUAGGGACUUGCACAUUAUGGAUGUGGAAAUUAAGAUGUCAAAUUGCAGACAAGCUUGGAGGCUAACAUGAAUUUAUGGAUGGCCUGAAGCAAGUCUUAAAAGACAGACUUGUGAACUGCUAGAAAGAUUGAGCCAGCAAGUUCAAUUACCAGGGCUAGUGGUUGGGGACUUUAACUUAAUCACUGACUAUCCGGAAAAGAGUGGGAAUAGAGAACCUGCUGAAAAGGAAAUGGAAAUGUUCAGGGAAGCAAUUGAGUUUUGCAAUCUUGAAGACUGUGGCUAUUAUGGGCGAACUUUUACUUGGGAGAACAGUAGAGCUGACCAAGAUUAUAUAGAAGAGAGACUUGACAGAGCCUUAGGAAAUAAAGAAUGGAAGGAACUCUAUCCUAAUAUGAGAGUUUAUCAUUUAGAGAGAUGCGAAUCAGAUCAUAUACCAAUCCAAAUCAAGCUGGAUCUAGAGGAAGAAGAUAUCACUUGGGGAUGGUCUUUCCGCUAUGAGCCAUAUUGGGAAAAGCAUGAAGAUUGCAACAAAAUAAUUGAAGAGGCUUUGAACCAACAAGAGGGAGGAUCGUUGGAAUGUAUUAAACAAUGUGAGGAGAAAUUGAAUACCUGGAGCAAGGAAGCGUUUGGCUCUCUGAAGCUAAGAAGGAAGAAGGCAGAAAAGACUUUGCUGGCCUUGGAAAAGAGGAAACGAACCAAGUCAAUGCUACAACAGAGGAAAAUAAUUGAACAAGAAUUAAAUGACAUCAUCCUCUAAGAAGAGAUGAAGUGGAAACAGAGAUCAAGGGCUGAUUGGCUAAGGGUGGGGGAUCAAAAUACAGGCUAUUUUCAUAGGAAAGCCUCCGAGAGAAGAAGAAAGAACACUAUAAGGAGGCUUCAAGAUGAAACUGGCCGAGUGUUUAUAGGCCAACAGAAGGUGACAACUUGCAUGCUAGAACAUAUGCAGAGGCUGUUUGCUAGAGGAAGAAGACCAGAUGUGAGUACAAUCCUACCUCUAGUGACCCCUAGAGUGACAACAGAAAUGAAUCAGGCUCUUCUUGAGCCGUUCACAGAUGAGGAGAUAUGGAUGGCUUUAAAAAGUAUGGGACCCAAUAAGGCUCCUGGACCAGAUGGAAUGUCUGCUAGGUUCUUUCAGAAACACUGGAACGUGGUAGGGCAGACAGUCCUAGGUGAAUUGAGGACUUAUCUAGAAGUUGGGGAGUUCCCUAUGGAACUGAACAAGACUUUGAUUGCUUUGAUCCCAAAGAAAAGCAAACCAACCUC